AUGUUAAGUGACCAAUAAAUUUUAUAAAUAGUCUUAGCAGUUGACAGUCUUGUACUUCACUUUUAAUUUUACAUCACUAACGAGAUAUUAUAUUUAAUAUUAGGUUUAUCAUCAGCAUUUUUUCAUGGCAUAAUAUUUAUAAUUGAACAAAUAACAAGAAAUUAGCUUUUAAGGACCUUAGUCAACAUACUUAAAUUAGCAUAAAUACUUAUAGUUUCCUAAUUUUUUUAUCGAUCUUGGAUGAUUUAUGUUGGAAUUCAAAUAGUUUGCAUUCUCAAAUUUAACUAGAAGCUUACAAGAAUAAUGAUAUUCAUUUUAUUUUGCAUUCAUUCAUCUUCUUUUACUUUUGCAGAUAUGAAUUAUUUAGCAACGGGUAUUGUGAGAAAUUGUAUAUGCUACUUUUUGCUUUUAAGUUUAUUUAAAAAACAAUCUUACACAAUUGAUUAAAUGGAAGAAAUUAUUAAGUAAUUAAGUUCAGACAUAUUCAUAAUUCUUGAUAAUAAUUUUAAUCCAGAAAACGAAUAAGAGAAUUUUCAGAGCAUUAUGAAUGAUUAUGUCAUUCGAGGUGGAGAUGAAAGAAGUGAUCGUAUAAUAACAAAUAGAGAUUAGAUUACAAUAGGAAUAUAACCAAAAUUAAUAGAUGAAAAAAAUACUUUUGAAUUCAAGGCAAUUUUCAAUCACUUGAAAACUACUUAAAAUAAUUGGUAAGAUUAAACUUAUGAAACAUCAUCUAAUUAUAUUAUAAUUGUUAAGAAAGUAUAUAUUAAUGAAAAUACUAACUAAUCCAAUUUUUUUAGAUGUCUAACGUCUUAAUAAGAUUAUUUUUUUAUUCUUUAAAAAAAAUUAAAACCAGUUGUACAUGUUAAAGAACCUUAAAUAAAUAAUACAAAAGAAAACAUGAAAAUUUUAAGUAAAGUGUCUCAUGAUAUGAGAACUCCUCUUAAUGCAAUAAUAAAUAUGUAAUUAUGUCUAAAGGAUUAAAUUGAAAAAGCUUUGGCUGAUAGAUAUUUAAAACCUUCUCUAAAUUCUUGUAGAUUAUUACUGAAUUUAGUUAAUGAUAUAUUGGAUUAAGCUUAGCUAUAAAAUAGGAAAAUUCGUUUAGUAUUCAAAAAGUUUAAUUUGAAAAAGUUAAUUGAAAAAACAAUAUCAAUAUUUGAUAUAUAAAAAGAAAAAAAAGAAUUAAAUAUUAAAUUAAAUUACGAUGAUAAUAUACCUCAAUUUGUCAAUAGUGACAAAAAUAGAAUUAGAUAAGUGAUAAUGAAUCUAUUGAGUAAUGCAGUUAAAUAUUCGACUGCAAAAGGGUAAAUAAUAAUAAGUUGUGAAUAUACAAUGAAAUCUUAAACUUUUAGAGUUUAAGUGAAAGAUAAUGGUUUAGGAAUUAAAUCUGAGAAUUUGAAUAUGCUAUUUUAAGAAUUUGCAAGAGUAGAAGAUAAGGAAAAUUUUGAGAAAAAUCCAAAUGGUAUAGGUUUAGGAUUAUUAAUAAGUAAUGAAUUAUCAAAAUUAUUAUCUUCUAAUAAUUAAGGGAUUUUUGUAGAAUCAUAGUAUGAAAAAGGGGCAACAUUUUCUUUUUAAAUUUUAAAUUAAAAGUUUCCAGAUGAAGAUCUUUCUGAUUCUUAAAUUUCUGAUGGUGCUGUUUAGGAAGUGAAUAAUUUACCAGAAACACAUUUUUUUUAGUAAUAGAGCUGUAGUUUCAAAUCAAAAGAUUUCACAAUGCCAAUUAUUAAACAACCAUCAUUUGAUAGUUAACAAGUAAUACCUGGGAAUAAUAAUUAAUCAAUAAAAAAGUAUAAUUUGAGAGUGAAUUCAUCAAAUUUAUUAUCUUCAAAUCGAUUGCUUCCAUUUAAUGUAGAUUGUGAAAAAUCUUACUAAAGAAAAUCAACUAGUCAAUCAAAUUAAAUUAUUGAAUAAACAAAUAAUUGGUUGGAUUAAACAUCAAAAUAGCCUCCUGUAUUAAUUGUAGAUGAUAAUGAAUUUAACAUUAUUGUCUUAUAAUAUAUUUUGGAAUAAUUGUACAUAACUUGUGAUUCAGCUAUUUCAGGAUAAAUAGCAUUAAAAAAAUGUGAAGAGCGAGCUUUUAGCCAAUACAAACUAAUAUUCUUAGAUAUUGAAAUGCCUAUAAUGGAUGGAUUAUAAACAGCCAAGAAACUAUUAGAUUUUGAUCAAAGUCUUAAAAUUAUCGCAUGUACAGGCAAUCGAUAAACAAAAGCUUAAUUAGAAACCUACCAAUAAGUAGGAAUGCUAGGAGCCAUAGAGAAACCUGUAACAAAAGCUAAUUUAAGAGAGUUGCUUCUUAAUAUUACUUCCUAAAAAAACGAUUCAUAAUUUACUCACUACUUUUGA